UGCUGCUCAUGGCCGUCUCUGGUGUGAGCCGGAAGUCUUCAUGUUACGGGGUAAUUAUAAAAGGAAAGCAAGAACAAUGCACGAGUGUUCUGACCAAGCACCAUUCUAUACAAAAAGUCAUGAAAAGUUGGCAGGAAGUAUUAUGAAAGGACUGAAGGACCUGUAUCUUGCUGAGAUACUUUGUGACACUACCAUAGUGACCAACGGUAAAAGGUUUAUGUGCCACAGGGUUGUGCUUGCAUCCAUCAGCCCUUACUUCCAAGCGAUGUUCACCAGCUCUCUUAAGGAAUCAAAGUUUGGAGAGGUUCAGCUCCUGGACAUCCCACCUUCUGCCAUAGAGACGAUACUGUAUUUUAUAUAUACAGGGCUGAGCUCCCUCAGCUUGGACACUGCUCAGGAACUGUUCGUAGUGUCAAGUCGCCUACAGAUCACCCCAAUGCAGGAUCUAUGCAGCAAUUACCUAAUAAACUCCCUAAACAAAGAAAACUGCCUUUGGAUUUAUAAAAUGGCUCAUUGCCAUAACCACAAGAGCCUCCUGGAAGCAGCUCUGAAGUUCAUCAGCUGUCAUGUAACCCAGCUGUCUGAAGAAGAGGACUUUCUUCAUCUGGACCUGGAUGAAUUAACUAGCAUUCUCUCCUCAGAUCAGCUAAUGGUGUCCUCAGAGCUUAGUGUAUAUAAUUUUGCUAAUAGAUGGUGGGAAUUUAACAAUUAUCGCUAUAACUCUUUUCCUGUAGAGCUGUUGAAGGCAAUUCGUUUACCACUUAUGACCCAACAUGAGCUUAAUGAAGUAAGUAAGUAUAUUGACCAAGAAAUACCUUUUCAGCAUUCAAAAUGCAUUCAGCUCCGUCAUGGAAUGUUUGAACAAAAGAUAGUUUGCAUGGAUCUUCAGGCAAGAGAAGACGUUUUUCUUGAUGAUGGAGAUUUCCAGCUAGACUCCUAUGAUCCAGUUUCUGGCGUAUGGGAGAAACUACCGUCUCUAAAGUCCCUUAUGUGUCCCGGAUGCUUAGCUAUAGGGAAUUAUUUGUACGUGGCUGGAGGUAUACAUCGAGAUGAUUCUGUUUCCAACACGCUCCACCUAUUCGACUCAGUAAGAAAUGAAUGGAUGGAGUUACCACCUAUGACUAGGUCAAGGUCUAUGCAUGGUUUCCUAGCUUGUGAUCAGAGGUUAUAUGCAGUGGGUGGAUGGGAUGGCAAUGACAUAAUUGACACAGCAGAAUAUUUUCAUAUAACAGAUAACUGUUGGACCGUGGUGUCCAAUCUGCCUUUGCCGUUACGUUGCUGUGCAUCUGCUCAGAUAAAAGGAAAGCUCUACCUUAUAGGAGGAGAGAGUAGCCGAGUAAAGUCCUUCUCAAUGCACCAAGGUUUUCUCAUAUAUGACACAGUCUCAGACACAUGGAGCCGAUUUCCACUAAAAAUCACAUGUUCAUCUGCAGGGGCAAUAACAUUUGAUGACAAGGUGUUUGUGGUUGGAGGUUACACCACCUCUAAAAGAUCCAGUUCAUGUUCUAAGGCCACUUCUAGAUGCUUUUGUAUAGACCCACUAGGACGGGUGUGUCAUGAUUGUCCAAUGCCACCGCUUCAAGAAUCCCUUGCUUCUGCUGGUGUGGUGCUUUGGAAGGAAAGAGUUUAUGUCCUUGGUGGGGAAGACGGUAAUAAUUUUAGCAAUCGGAUUUAUUACUGGACACCAGGGGAUUUUAAAUGGACCCUUAGCAAUGAGAAGCUGCCUAUUCUUUAUGACGGUGUGAGUGCUUUUGGCUGUGUAACAUUACAGGUUCCCAUGAAACAGUUUCAUUAUGUUAUUCCAGAGAGAAAUGCAGGACAUGUGAAAAAAGAGAGGUCUCAUGUGGUCUCAGAUAAGCAUAUUUAACCCUCUGAGUGCUGGGGAUCAGGGUACAUUUUCUCCUAUCAGGGGCCAAGCCAAUUUUGAGAGAUUUCCUAGAGUUGGAUUAGUGUGAUAAUCCUAUACACAGCUUGUGUUUUAUCUAGGGAGGUCUGUAUAUUCUGUUUUUCAAUACUCCUAUCACUCUCAGUAUUCUAGCUAAAGUUGAUGGGAGUUAAAGUCAAGAAAAUCCUAUCAUCCUAUUUUCUUUGUUCUUAAAAAUAAAUAUUUUAAUGAAUCAAUGUG